AUGACGCGCGACGAACUGACCGAUAUGCAAACCACGAUUCUUGAUCGAAUCCGGGACGGCAGUGCGGGCUCCCCCGCCUCCAAUGCUAUCCCGGCGAUUUUGGACGGACUGGUACCCGUACCUGACAUACCGAACGGAAAUUCAACCCACCAGUGGAUUGAUCCACGUACCGGUACAGACUGUACACUUCGCCUGCAGCAUGCAGUGGACUACGCCUUCGCAGUAGAUGGUAACCAUCCCAUUCCCGCAGCUCUUCGAGCGACUAUCGGGCCUUCAUUUUGCCGAGACCCGAUUCAGGUAGAUCCAGUACCCGCGGGUUCUACUUCACAGGCAGGGGGUUCUUUUCAAGGUUCUCUACCGCCAGACCAUGCCAACAGCAUUAUCUCCCUAUUUGACCAAGAAGAACCCGCCAGUCCAGCUCGUGUGAUGCCAGCUCGCCAAACUUCGGACUUCGAGCAACGCGCAGCUAGGCAGACUCCAGCGGUACACGUCACUACUACCGGCGUGUCUCCUCCAGCCGCACCACCCGGCUCUCACAGUUCGGGCAAACCUACCAACCGUGGUGUCUACAGCAAAAACACCCCGCCUACUACCGACUUCGACCGACGUCGAGGCACCUCGACGAACGUCAAAGUACGCAUUUGCGCCGACAGCAGUUCAACUAGCGGUACACAACGGGAUCACCGCUCCGGAACACCAAGGUAA